AUGGGCAACGUCGCGUGGGUUUGGCUGCUCUUGAUCUCGGUGUCACAGCUGGCUCAAAGCUCGGAAACUGCCCGAAGUCACUGGCAAAGGCCCAAUGGAGACGAUAAAAACUUCAAAGAGACCUAUUCCAUCGGAGAUUCAUUGCAGAUUCAGUGGGCGGGCUGGGACUCUUCCUACACGAAUCAGUGGAUGAACAACGAGACUAAAGCCAACCUAUACGUGAAUGCAUGGAACUCUGAUUACUCCUCGUUUUCCAAAAUCCUUACAUCCUCGAACGACAUCUCCACUCAUGGAUCUUAUGAUUGGAAGGUCGAAAUUGACGACAAAUAUCUAUCAGAUACCAAAGAAUAUGGUUUUACAUUUAUACCUGAUGGAAUGGUUUAUUCCACCGAUGGAUAUCGUAUAUAUUCACCGGGAAUCCGCAUCCAAUCCAAGUCGGCUACGUCUUCAUUCACGCCGACAAAUGUUCCAACAACAACUUCGAAAGCUUUAUCGUCUGGUACUGAUGGACUUUCGACUGGCGCGAAAGCAGGAAUAGGCGUUAGCAUCGGCAUGGUUGGCUUGGCGUUGUUGACUACAUUCGGGUUUUUUCUAUUACGAUGGCGACAUCGACCAUCAUCACGAGAGGUGACUGGAGUUAGAGAGUCUUCUCAUCUAGGCUCGGCACAAACACCGGCUGACGGCUUCUACCAGAAGGCUAAGCCGCCGCCACAGGAGCUAUCCAUUGGAUCUGAGUCACCGGCUGAAUUGGCAUCGACGCUUGAGAGAUGA